AUGGCGACGUGGGCGGACGACGCGGAUGAGCUCCCGCCCCCGAUCGUUCCCGCCCCGGCGCCCGCGAACGCGGUGACGGCGAACGCGGAAAAGACAUCCGCGGCGAACGCGCAGAAAACGUCGGGAUACGUCCCGCCGCACCUGCGAAAUCGCGGCGCGCGAGAUGGGGCUUCGGCGCGCGGCGGCGGAUCUUUUCACGACGAUCGUCGAGGCGGCGGCGGCGGAUGGGACACGGGACGCGGCGGCGGCGGAUGGGGUGGUGGCGGCGGCGGUGGCGGCGGCGGCAGAUUUCAACGGGGGGAAGAUUACAGUGGUACGUCGUUCGGACGGCGGGAAGAUCGCGGCGGCGGUGGUGGGGGGGGUUGGGACACCGGCCGCUCGCGGUUUCGCAGAGAGGAAAACCCAUUCGCGCAGCAAGAAGCCGACGAAAAAGCGGCCGAGGCGAACGAUCCCGAUUCGGAGGCGACGAAGAUAUUCACCGGUGAGAACAGUGGUUUGGACUUUGACUUAUACGAGGACAUUCCCGUGGAGACGAGCGGGCGAGACGUCCCGGAACCCAUCGGGAACUUUGCCGACCUCGAUUUGGGAGCCGCGGUGAACAAAAACGUGCAGCGGUGCAAAUUCAAAAAGCCGACGCCGGUACAGAAAUACGCCAUUCCGUCCGCGCUUCAAGGGAGAGAUUUAAUGGCGUGCGCGCAGACGGGCUCGGGUAAAACCGCCGCUUUCUGCUUCCCCAUCAUCGCCGGCAUCCUGAAGAAGGGCUUGCAAGGCGGUCACAUGAACCGCAAGACGUAUCCGCUCGCGCUCGUGCUCUCGCCGACGCGCGAGUUGGCUAGCCAGAUUCACGAAGAAUCUCGCAAGUUUGCGUAUCAAACUGGUGUCGCCUCGUGCGUCAUUUACGGUGGCGCCCCGGCGGUUGAGCAGUUUCGCGCCAUGGAGCGCGGUUGCGACUUGCUCAUCGCCACUCCGGGUCGUUUGAUCGAUCUCAUCGAUCGCGCGAAGAUUUCGCUCAGUCGAUGCGUCUACCUCGCUCUCGAUGAGGCUGAUCGUAUGUUGGACAUGGGUUUCGAGCCACAAAUUCGACAAAUUGUUGAACAGCGCGACAUGCCGCCGUGCGGCGAACGCCAGACGAUGCUCUUCUCCGCCACCUUCCCGCGCGAGAUUCAGCGAAUGGCUGCCGACUUCCUGGACGACUACAUCUUCCUCACCGUCGGUCGCGUCGGUUCGUCCCACGCCUUGAUCACGCAGAGUGUUGAACGAGUCAACUCGUACCACGAAAAGAGCGAAAUGCUCCUCGACCUCGUCGAGGCUGUUCCGGGCUUGACCCUCGUCUUUGUCGAGACGAAGAGAGGUGCGGAUCAAUUGGAGGACUUUUUGUUCACCAACGGAAAGCCGGCGACGAGCAUUCACGGCGACCGAACGCAACAAGAGCGCGAGGCGGCGCUCAAGUCGUUCCGCUCGGGUAAGACGCCGAUUCUCGUCGCCACGGAUGUCGCCGCGAGAGGUUUGGACAUUCCGCACGUCACCCACGUCAUCAACUUUGACCUGCCAUCGGAUAUUGACGACUACACGCACCGCAUCGGUCGUACCGGUCGCGCCGGGAAGAAGGGUCGCGCCACGGCGCUCUUUUUGGAGUCCAAGGAUGGUCAAAUCGCGCGUUCGCUCGUCGACCUCAUGUCCGAGGCGAACCAAGAGGUUCCGACGUGGUUAACACAAGUUUCUGGGAAUUCUUUCGGCGGCGGCGGUCGUCGUCGCGGCGGCGGCGGCGGCAAUAGGUUUGGUGGGAGAGACUAUCGCUCCGGCGGCGGCGGCGGCGGCGGCGGCGGCGGCGGUUGGGGUCGGGAGGGUUGA